AUGAUGUGGCGUCAACUUAGCGCAAUAAUCGAUACAAAAAAUCGUGUACAAUCUGGCUUCCUCAUUCGUUUUCGAGAUCUACCGCAAAAUGCGUUAGUAGCAUUACGACAAGUCAUGUUGCAACAUUCAAACAAGCGACAUGUGUCUUGUGCAUAUGCCAAUGCUUGUGUACUCGACUCGGCCGGAUUUACCAGCGAUGGUACUGCUUUGAGUGUUCAUUUCGGUGCUCGUGCUGUAUUUCAGCAAAUUUUUGAAAACGGGUUAGAAUAUAAAAAUGAACCGGUAACGCUUGACUUCAUACGAACAACUCGAUUAACACUCGAAGAACAUUUUAGUAUAGUACGAAAGAAAGAAUUCAUGAGUUUGGGUCGUACUUACGCGAAAGUCAUCGAUGAAUGUACAGAUUCUAAGAGCCGCAUUCGAGCACCCUUACUUGAAGCAACAGAUGUUCCAAUGAAGCCGACUGUUGUUGAUCCUGGUAAUUCAUUAACACGUUUAGAAAUUUCUCAUCCCAACUUAUUUGGAGCCACAAUUCGAAAAAUUAUUGGAUCACAUACACUCAUAAAAGUAAUUCCAAAUCGAAAACAAAUCACCGUAGACAACUAUCUGCCACAAACACUUCGGGCAUUCACGAUGAAAAAUCCAAGUCUGUUAACUCGAAUUAAGAAAUAUAUAAUUUUCUCUCAACCUGUUGUGACAAUGAUUCGAAAACACAUGGCUUCAUCAUGGGACGAUCAUGGUUAUUUUGCUCCUGGACCUUUGGCAUCUAUGAUGAGUAUUCAUACUAAAACAAAACCUAAUCUGUACAAUAUCAUUAUCAUUGGUGACUAUCUCAUUGGCAUGCAUAAUAGUCCAGGUUGGAAGAUCGCAGACUGGAUAUUAUCAAAACAUGUUCUUAUAUCUAGUUAUGAUGAUGACGUUCGUUUUGCUGGUGAAGUUUGGAUGCAGCAUGAAGAAAAUGGUUUAGUUCUUCAUUUAUCGAACAAUUCUGGUACUUACCAACCAACUAAUGAACACCUUGUAGCUGCUGGACAAUAUGUUUCUGCUGCAUUACCCGGUCUGAAAAUAGAACUUCAUCCAAAGACAGCUUUACCUUCAUCAAAUUCGAAGCAGAUUCCUAAACAAGAAAGCUGGUUUACUGGUAAACACAUGCUAGUACUCGUGAUAGCAUGUAUGUUUGGUAUAUUUUUUGUUAUGCUUAGUAAAUCGAAAUCUACUUCGUAG